AUGGGAAAUAAUAGUUACCGGAGAAGUUGGGUCGGAGGAUAUGAAUUCAAGAUCACCGUUGAGCUCGAUGACGUCGUUGACUUGGUUGCCGUAUUCGAAAAGCAGAACAUUUCCCACAUGAAAUUAUAUUUCCUGACUCCACUUGGAAUAGAAGUCUCUGCUAUAGACGCUCCAAUCCUUGAGGAUCUCCGACCUUGUAAAUCUCUCCGUAAGGAAGGAUCUUACUCGGUGGACGAAUCGAGUUUAGGGGUCAUGGACAACAAGAACGUCGAGUUUCUGUCCGGAUGCACAUUGAGCUUGAUUUGA